UUUUUAGUUAUUCAACAUGUCUGCCUCCUGUAUUGUGAGGUGCGACUUGAACUUUGCAUGUUUAGAAUAACACGUGCACAAUUGUUUUUAAAAAUGCUAAAGUAAACUCCAGAUUUAAUUUAUGUCAUUAAGGUUUUUGUUUUCAGUAAACCUACUGAAAUUAUACAAAUGCAGUUUAGAAACUAUUCGGCUUAAAAGGUGCCAGCGGGUGUUCUUUCGUAGUCGUCUGGUUUUUCGCCUUUUCAUAUUUUCUCUCAAGAGCCAGAAAUAAAAAUGAUUAUUACUCACCGUCUGUGGACGAAUGUGAGACGUUUCCGCGUUAAAAGUCUUUGCAGAAAUGUAACAACCUCAUGGUCGCCCGUCGGGACUGCGUUCAAUGUCCGGCAACACAGAAAAGUGGAUCUGCAGAGGAAAAACAUUGGCCUUUUUGGAGUCCCAGAGCUCAGUUCCCCUGCAGGAUUUGAAGAAUCCCAAGAAAGAGCUUUAAAAGAAACAGAACGGCUGGGGGAAAAAGCUUGCACUAUUCCCCCUGGGCCACAGACUGUACAGACAUUUGAUCAGCUUUCAGACAGUUUGUGUCGUGUGGCUGAUUUGGCUGAUUUUGUUAAAGUUGCACAUCCAGAUUCUGCCUAUCGUGAAGCUGCAGAAAAAACAUGCAUCAAAAUUGGGACUGUUGUAGAAAAACUAAACACAAAUGUAGACUUAUACAGAAGUCUGAAAAAUCUUCUGGACAACAAGGAACUUAUGAAUUGUUUGGAUCCUGAAACACGGAGAGUUGCAGAGCUUUUUAUGUUUGAUUUUGAGAUUAGUGGAAUUCAUCUGGACAAUGACAAGAGAAAAAAGGCUGUCAGUCUAAAUGUUAAACUCUUAGACCUGAAUAAUGAAUUUCUUUAUGGCUGUCACCUUCCUAACAAAGUUGAAAAAACAGCAUUACCUGAUCACAUUCAGCACUGCUUUCUUCUUGAUGGAAAUUACAUUCAGAUAGGUGGAUUGUAUGCAGACACACCUGACGAUCUGGUUCGUGAAGCUGCCUACAGAAUUUUUCUUUAUCCAAAUCCAGACCAAAUGUGGUGUUUAAAUGAGCUACUGGAAUGUAGGAAAGACUUGGCUCAACUGGUUGGCUAUGAUUCCUUUGCACAUAGAGCUCUUCAAGGCACUAUGGCAAAGACACCAGAGACUGUCAUGGAAUUCCUUGGCCUACUGUCUGAAAAACUUCACGAUAGAGCAGCAAAUGAUUUUGAAAUGAUGAAGCAUAUGAAAAUGAAGUUAAACACAAGAAAUCCAGAACUCUUUCCCUGGGAUCAUCCUUACUAUAGUGGAGUGUUGCGUGCUGAAAGGUAUAAUAUUGAACCAAGCCUAUACAGUCCUUUCUUUUCUCUUGGAGCCUGCAUGGAAGGUUUGAACAUAUUGUUUAGUCGCCUUUUGGGUAUAUCUUUUCAAGCUGAACAGCCUCAAAAUGGAGAAGUCUGGUCUGAUGAUGUCCAAAAGUUGGCCGUACUUCAUGAAAAUGAAGGAUUGAUGGGGUACAUCUACUGUGAUUUCUUCCAUCGUCCUGACAAACCUCAUCAGGACUGCCAUUUCACAAUUAGAGGUGGGCGUAUAACAGAAAAUGGUGAAUACCAGCUUCCAGUAGUUGUUCUGAUGCUCAGCUUGCCACACCCCACAAAGAACUGCCCAACUUUGUUGACUCCUGGCAUGAUGGAGAACCUCUUUCAUGAAAUGGGACAUGCCAUGCAUUCCAUGCUAGGUAGGACCCGGUAUCAACAUGUGACAGGUACUAGAUGCCCUACUGAUUUUGCUGAAGUACCGUCAAUUCUUAUGGAAUACUUUGCUAAUGAUUAUCGGGUUGUUAAUCAGUUUGCAAGGCAUUAUCAGACUGGACAGCUUCUUCCUAAAAGUAUGGUGUCUCGCUUGUGUGAAUCUAAGAAAGUAUGUGCUGCUGCUGACACCCAACUUCAGGUGUUCUAUGCUGUCCUUGAUCAGAUUUAUCAUGGCAAGCAUCAUAAAAGAGCAUCAACUACUGAGAUUCUGAAAGAAACACAAGAGAAAUAUUAUGGACUUCCAUAUGUUCCAAAUACGGCCUGGCAGUUAAGAUUUAGCCAUCUCAUCGGUUAUGGAGCAAAGUACUAUUCCUAUCUCAUGUCAAGAGCAGUAGCAUCUAUGUUGUGGAAACAGUGCUUCUCCAAGAAUCCAUUUGACAGGGAAAUGGGAGAGCGAUACCGCAGUGAGAUGUUGGCACAUGGUGGUGCUAAAGAACCCAUUCUCAUGGUUAAAGGAAUGCUUCAGAAGACUCCAUCUAUAGAAGAGUUUGUGGAUGCACUAGUGUCAGAUUUGAACCCUGACUUUGAAACUUUUCUCAUGGAUUCCGAAUAAACAGAUAUGUUGUCAUUCCCUUUCUUGAAUAGCAGUUAUGAAUCAAGAAAAUGUAAUUGUUAACAUUGAAAUAUAAUCUACUAUUAAUUCAUCCCAUGUCAAAAUACUAAAUAAUUAAGUUUCCCCCUGUUGUAGUUAUUCUUACUUUCUAGUCUAAAUGUAUAUGUACUGUACUUGAGUCAUUUAAAUGCUAAACUUUGAGUGUUUUUCUUCCUCUUUUGGGGGGCACAUUUAUCCAGAUAUAAUAUUGCAAAAAACAUACUGAAUCUUUCUUUAAAGAUAUACAUUUGGAAUAGUUUUAAUGAAUUAAUUUGAAAGUAAUUCUUGAAAUUAGAGUUAUAUUUGAAUAUUUUGUGCUAAUGGCUUCUUUUAUUAAAAUAAUACAUUUUAUUUAUGGCUUUUCUCAGAUGAUGCUAAUUAAAAAUCUAAUGGCUAUUAGAAGUUCUGAAUGAAAAUCCUUUGUUUAUGUCUGUGGCACUUUUUUUUCCUUUUUUAAUGUAGUAGUCCUUGUUAAAUGUUAUAUGUUUUUAUGAAAUGUAUAUAUUUUUGUGCAUUGAGGCUACUUUGCCAUUAAAGAUGAUUGACUGGGAAA